AUGCAGAGCGGUGAUGGAGAGGAAGAGGAACAGGCUUCGGCCACCCCCAUGCCACUGCGCGACACGUCGUCAUCUUCGACCAGCACAGGAGGUGAUCGCCCUGCCGCACCAGUGAACCUUCCAGCUUUGGUCCCCGACGAGCCAGAGAGCGAACCAGUGGAGCUCAUCAGGUUUCGCGAACAAUGGAGGACUGAGCUGAAGCGAGAGCAGAACGACGCUGCACCUGAAUUUGCAUCAGCAGUCUCAGCAGGGCGUGCAGGGAAGCAGGCCGGCCCUGGUGAGAAGCCGAGGGCGGCAGUAGAAGAGUGGAAGAGGCAGAGAGAUCUCGACAGCAGGAACGUCCUUCUUAUCUCGCGAGAGAACACCGAGCCUCUGCCUUUCGCCGUCUCCGCCGACGAGCCGCUCACGAUCCAGGCCUUUGCUACCGUGGAGACACUGCACAUUGGGUCCAUUCCAGACGAGGUGUUGAUUUACUUGUUCGGCUUCCUGGACGCGGUCUCGCUCGCGCGCUUGGCUCUCUCCUGUAAGAAGACCUACAGCGUGACUAGAGAGCCGGUGCUGUGGCGCCUCCUCUGCCAGCGAAUUUGGCCUCUUAACUGCACGCGAGGUGUCUACCAGCAGUUUGGCACCUGGCAGCGCAUGUUCUUGACGAGGCCCAAGGCAAGAUACGACGGCAUCUACGUCAGCAAGAAUUCCUAUCUGCGAGCAGGAAGCACAGAGUGGGCGUACAAUCAGCCCGUGCACCAGGUGAUCUACUAG